AUGUCAAGCUCACUCUUUCGCCGCAUCCUAACCUCCCAGUCAUCGGCUCUCCGCCAACGUUUCCUGACAACCACGAUCCCUCCAACGCCACCUGCGAAGUCUAGCCGCAUUUUUCGUACUCUCCGCAAUGUAUCAGUAGUAUCCUCCCUAGCGCUUACGACAUAUACCUUUGGCGCUUUGUACCCGCCAACGCCGUUUACCUAUCUCUCCCCCCGCAUCGCGCCCCCUCCUCCAGACCCAGACCACCCAGACGCGCUCACCUAUAUCGCCUCUCUCGAGGAACAGCUGCACAAACUUCCUCUUCUCGCGCAGCACAGACAGCAGACCUCGCUGGAAGACGGAAACGCGUGGUACGAAACGCGUCCGUACAUGAGCUUACCGGAGGAACGAAGAGUAAACAAUCUGACUGCGGGUGCGUUACGGGGGCCGGGGAAGCUGGCUCUCCCACCAUUGGUGAGAGCCAGGAGAGAUGAGAGUGAAGGUUGGAUAUUCAUACAUGUUGGUCGAGGUCUUUGUGGGCACGAUGGUAUCAUACAUGGCGGAUUGUUGGCGACGCUUCUGGAUGAGGGCCUGGGACGUGUGGCUAUUUUGAAUCUCCCAGAUAAGAUUGGCGUCACGGCCAACUUGAGUGUCAACUAUCGGGCGCCUACGCGUGCUGAUCAGUUCAUCGUUCUCAAGACUCGCCUUGUUGAAGUGCAAGGCCGUAAGGUCAAAGUCGCAGGUGUAAUCGAAGAUAUGGACGGCACCGUCCUCGUGGAAGCGACCGCAACAUUCGUUCAGCCCCGCUAUUCUAAGCUUCUGAGCUCAUCCAGCAUCCACAAAGCAAUGGGAGAACCGCAGAAAAUCGCCACCUAG